ACAGAUCGAUAGAGUGAGUUGUCAACGGAUAUAAAUACUGCAAUCAACUACAAAUGUUUCUUCCGUGCCGAUCAAUUGUACGCAGAAUAUCGGCGUUCGCAAAGGAAACCACCUGCCGUUCAUUACACACAACUGCCGCAGUUAUGGCGCCCGUCAAGGUUGGAGACCAGCUUCCAUCAGCUGAUUUGUUUGAAGAUUCACCGGCAAAUAAAGUGAACACAUGCGAAUUGACUUCUGGCAAGAAGGUGGUGCUGUUUGGAGUGCCCGGUGCUUUUACACCAGGUUGUUCCAAAACCCAUUUGCCGGGAUAUGUGCAAAAUGCUGAUAAAAUGAAGUCUGAAGGCGUUGCAGAGAUAGUCUGUGUCUCUGUCAAUGACCCUUAUGUUAUGUCAGCUUGGGGAAACCAGCAUAACACCAAAGGGAAGGUUCGUAUGCUAGCAGAUCCUAAUGGAGUGUUCAUUAAAGCCCUGGAUCUUGGCACAAAUUUACCACCUUUAGGUGGUUUUCGAUCUAAACGCUUCUCUAUGGUCAUCAACAACAGCAAAAUUGAGGAAUUAAAUGUAGAACCUGAUGGCACUGGUCUAUCUUGCUCACUUGCAGACAAGCUCAAGUUCAAAAAGUGAAUUUAAAAAUGAUACAUAUCUUUUCACAUUUAGAAUUUAAGAUCCUCUGCUUGUGAUUAUGUCAGCUUUACACAGAUCAUAGACUGUUGAAGCACUCUUUGUGAUAUACUGAAAAUUAAUCAAUUACAAUGUAAUACAAUUUUACAACC